AUGGCCCCUUAUCCAUACAAGUUGAAAACGACAGCACCAGAUAUCCAAUACGAGACCUUCGAUGGCGCCAAAUUUGGAUACAUGUCCUGGCCCGCCCAAAAUGGCACCGAUGCAGUCAAAGGACGAGUGUUACUGAUUCAUGGUUUCGGCGAGUACACAAAAAUCCAGUUUCGCCUGAUGGACAACUUAUCCCUCAAUGGUUACGAGUCAUUUACAUUUGACCAAAGAGGCGCCGGUGUUACCUCUCCGGGAAAAUUGAAAGGUGUAACAGAUGAGCACCAUGUGUUCAAUGAUCUUGAACAUUUUGUGGAAAAGAACUUAAGCGAGUGUAAUGCUAAAGGUAUUCCCUUGUUUAUGUGGGGACAUUCUAUGGGGGGUGGCAUCUGUUUAAACUAUGCGUGCCAAGGUAAACAUAAGAACGAAAUUAGCGGAUAUAUCGGAUCGGGUCCUUUAAUAAUCUUACAUCCGCAUACUAUGUAUAAUAAGCCGACCCAGAUAAUUGCUCCGCUAUUGGCAAAGUUUUUACCAAGGGUAAGAAUCGACACGGGGUUAGACCUGAAAGGAAUCACAUCCGAUAAGGCGUACCGUGAUUUCUUGGGAAGCGAUCCGAUGUCAGUUCCAUUGUACGGAUCUUUCAGGCAAAUACAUGAUUUUAUGCAACGUGGUGCCAAGCUGUACAAAAACGAGAACAAUUACAUUCAGAAAAACUUUGCUAAAAAUAAACCCGUCAUUAUUAUGCAUGGGCAAGACGACACAAUCAACGACCCCAAGGGGUCCGAAAAAUUCAUCCAGGAUUGUCCCUCUGAUGACAAAAAAUUGAAGCUGUAUCCGGGUGCAAGGCAUUCCAUCUUCUCACUAGAGACAGACGAAGUCUUCAACACUGUGUUUUCUGAUAUGAAACAGUGGCUGGAUCAACAUACUGCAGUCAAAGAUAGCCCAUGA